AUGAAACUUUGGCAAGCGGUUCUGGCCGCCUUGAGUACGCCUAUUACUUGUCUUGCGCAGUACAGCAACGGUAGUACCAGCUACUUCGCCCCAAAUUCGACGGGCUUUCGAAUACAACAUGGCUUCGAGACAGUCCUUGUGCAGCCCUUUGGCUAUGACGGGUUCAGAGUUCGCGCAUGGCCUUUUCGGCCACCAAAUGGAAACGAGAUCAGCUUCUUAUACGACCCGCCUUUAGAAGGCCCCACAAACAUUACAUCUGGCAUGCAGUACGAUACAAAGGUCAAUGGGACUCAAUUCGCGGCCAUUCGCAAUGGGAACACGAUUGCCAAGACGUUCAGCCCAAAUGGCAACAACCAUACGCUUGUCAGGCUCGCUUUCUAUCGGCUUGAAGAUGACGGGAGUGAGACGCUCCUCACCAAUGAGUAUGCGCCUCUGAAGGCUUUGAACCCAAGAUACUACGAAUGGAAUGGUCCUGGCUACGAAUUUCAUGCGGCAUUUUCAUUCAGUACCACUCCCGACGAGCAGAUAUAUGGCACAGGCACCCAGCAAGACCACAUGAUCAACAAGAAAGGCAAUGUUAUUGAUCUCAUCAAUUUCAACACUCAUAUUCCCACUCCAGUCUUCAUGAGCAGUAAAGGCUAUGGCUUCGUCUGGAACUCCCCUGCUGAGGGCGAGAUGGAGUUUGGCCAAUUGCGAAAUCGCUUCACAUCUAAGUCGACGAAACUUGUUGACUACGCCAUUGUUUCAGCACCUUCUGGAGACUACGACACCUUACAGCGUCGACUGUCAGCAAUGACUGGAAGGGCGCCUACACCUCCAGAUUUUUCACUAGGCUACCUGCACAGCAAGCUUCGAUACGAGAAUCAAUCCGAGUUCAUUCAACUUGCACAGAACUUCCACGACUACAAUAUUCCUGUCUCAAUGCUAGUAAUCGACUAUCUCUCUUGGGCCUAUCAAGGUGACUGGGCACUGCAGCACGAUCUCUGGCCAAACGUCACAUACAUGUCGCAGAAGAUCAAGGAGCUGACAGGUGCUGAGAUCAUGGCUUCUCUGUGGCCUAGCGUGGAAGAUGCCAGCUCGAACUACGAAACGAUGCAGAUCGCCGGCUUUCUCUCGGCAACCCGGUCUGGGUCAGGGAUCACAGACAGCUUCAAUGGCAGCUACAUCCGUAACGUGGAUAGCACCAAUCCACAGGCUCGAGACUUCUUAUGGAAUACUCUCAAGCGCAACUACUACGAUCAAGGUAUCAAGAACUUCUGGAUCGACCAAGCCGACGGUGGCAAUUUGGGCGAAGCUUACAACAAUAAUGGGCAAUCUGAUUUCAUCACGUCGCUACCAUACCCAUUUGCGGAUGUUCUUUACUAUGCAGGAACUCAAAUGAGCGUUGGCAAGUACUAUCCUUGGGCACAUCAACUUGCAAUCGAAGACGGCUUGCGCAAUGCCACAGGCACAAACAUGGGCGAGCCCUGUGACUACCUCUCCCUCAGCCGCUCUGGAUACAUCGGCAGUCAGAGAUAUUGCUCUAUGAUCUGGUCGGGCGACACCACCUCUGUUUGGGAGACACUUUCCGCCCAGGUAGCAAGUGGAUUGUCAGCAGCUGCAACAAGCUGGAGCUGGUGGACGGUCGACAUCGGAGGCUUUCAAACAGAUCCAACCGUGCCAUGGAGUGGCAACAUCGACGAGGAACCCUACCGAGAGCUCUACGUUCGCUGGCUGCAGUGGGGUACUUUCCUGCCUUUCAUGAGGAAUCACGGCUCUCGAGCUUGCAACUUUCAGAAUGCAUACACAUGCAACAACGAGCCUUGGACAUACGGCGAAAAGAAUCUUCCCAUCAUCAAGUCUUACAUCAAUCUUCGAUACCAGCUUCACGACUAUCUUCAGGCCAUCUUCAACCAAUUCCACCUGACCGGCAGAAUGAUCAUGAGACCACUGUAUAUGGACUUCAGCUUGACGGAUGCGAAUGUCUCGAACAUGACUCGUUUCAACACAAAUGUCACAACACAACAAUACAUGUUUGGCCCUAGGCUACUGGUCACGCCAGUGACUCUGCCGAAUGUGACUGAGUGGACUGUAUAUCUACCACAGACUGGAGCUGCGAACGGGACGAAACCUUGGACGUAUUGGUGGGAUAAUGUCACGUAUGCAGGCGGCCAGAGCGUGACCGUGCCUGCGCCUUUGGAGCAUAUUCCUCUAUUCCAUCUAGGAACUAGGGGCGAUGUCAUGUCGGGUAACGUGUUCUGA